AUGCAAACUUCGGAAAUGACGCAGUACUGCAAUGCUAGGAAAUUCCCCGUAUUUGACCCGGUCGACUCUACACCGGUUAGCGAAGAGAAUGAACCAUAUCACCUCAAGCUUUGCUUCUGCCCUUUGUGCACCAAAGGAAUGACUGUCUUAUCAAAAGAGCGUUCAAGAAAUGUUAUUUCUUGGCAAUACAUUUGUCGAGUCAUUUUUUAUUGUCUUUCCGUCGUGCAUAAAAAGAAUGGAUACUUCUCUUUGAAAUAUGACGUUCAUUGGUUUAUAGUCGAUCAUUGGUACCUCUUUUCUCAACUCGAACAAUUUCGGACUAAUCCAAAUAAGUGGAAAAAAGCUAUCCUUGAUGCAAUGAUACAUUGCUCAUUGUUUGAGUCUGGGAAGAGCACAAUGAACAAAACUGGUGUCUGGAAACUUCGAAAGUAUGAAGCACCAUGGGAAGUUGCUGAGAACAGUACCGAUGAUGUUCAAAAGAUGUCAAUGGAAUGUUCACAAGAGGAAAACACAACAGGGAUGGACCUCGAACAAGACAAAAAGCUUGCACUCCCUUCACUUUCAUCCCUUUAUAAGUACGCAAACAACGAUAUGUCGAUGUGUGGAUCAACACCUAUCCCACUUCCAAGUCUUGUAAAAGGUCUCUCCGAAAAUUUCCAACUCGAGGAUUUCAACGGCUUUAUUCAAAGCAUUGUUUGA